UGAACCUGUAACCUUUACAUGUGUUUCACUGGACAGUACAGUCAUGUUUCCACGAAUCAUCUGGUACAAACAGAGAAUGGGUGAUACUCUGAAAUUAAUCGCACAAAUGCAGAAAAGUAUAGAACCGGUUUAUAACAAAGAAUUUUCUGAGUCUCGAAUGGAAAUACAAAUGGAUGAUAAGUUUAUCAAUCUGACUAUUCUGACGACAAUUCCAGAAGACGAGGGAAUGUAUCACUGUGCGAUCUUGGAUUAUGACAUGAAAACUUGGAGUGGAACUUAUUUGACAUUUAAAGGGAAAACACCAUCAUCUCUAUUUGUUAUAAAUGGAACAGAAGUGGACAGUCAAGAAACCAGCCUACGGUCACAGAAGGAAAAUAUAAUGUUUGUUCUGCUGUGUGCAGUCCUGGCAUUAUGUCUGAGUGUUAUAACCUUCUACAUUUGCACCAUCAUAAAAGACAAGAACAACAGUCACAAUGGUGCUGUUUCCCUGGACAAAGUAAGCCAUGGGCACAAGAGAUGUGAGGAUACUGGGGCUUACUCUGCUGCCGUCUUUACUGUGGUGAAAACUGACAGCAAGGGAGGAAAGAAUGGAAAAUUUACAGAAAGACAGAAGAUCUACGCUGCUAUCAAGACUUUUGGACUGGAUUAGGAAUUUAACCAAUCUGUAUGGAAUCAGUUCAUGUUCUGAUAACAGUUAAAGCAUGAGUUGUAUGAGGUUAGUGGGUGAUAUAUGGUGUCUAUAUGAUGUGAUAUAUAGAUGAUACAUUCCCAGUUAGCAUAUUUGUAAAGGUGGAGUAAGUCAUUCAUGAAACAGCCCACAGAUUUGUUAACUCAGGCAAAACGAAAACACCUUUUCAUCCGAAUCUCACUGCUCCAUGUGACACUCAAAGACCAGAUUUUAUGUCAGCGCACAAACACACCAAAUGGGUAGUGGACAGCAAAGACAAAUCACAGACUGUAUAUAAUUAAUGGACAGAGGGACCGUGACGUCACCCAUUGAUUUCUGAACUGCCAUUUUUAAGCCAGUUGUUUGUGAUUUUGCCGUCAAACGAAGUGACCAUAUUUGGACUAAAUGGGUGGAUCAGAGGUGGGAUGACGCCAUGCACGAAAAAGCAAAAGUUUAUGAUAUAGUCUAACCAUAACUAUAGUUCAUCAAUCUGUCAGAAAAAACUGGGAUAUAUUACAUCAAAUGAAACUGUGAAAGCCCAUCGUGGCAGAAAUCCAACCCUCAUAGACCACCAGGUCACUUAUCGAAUAUAAAAGAUGAGCCAAUGGGAGCUAACCCCAGUGGACAUCAGUGGUAUUACAACCUUGAUAUUCCUCUGCAUAGGCUUCAUCGUGGGGCUGAUGUCCUUACCCCUGGGUGAAACCAUUCUAGACAGAAAGUACAUGGGAUUAGAUUUACUAAUUCCAUACUUAAUGUCUAUGGAAUAUUAAAUUAAAUCCAUUCACACACAUCAGUUCCAUCCAGAUGUUACUCAUGGAUUGUAUUUUUUUUUUUUUUCUUCUUUUUGGCUGUAAAAGUAAAAUUUUAUUCACUAAAAUCAUCAUGUAUCUGCUCCCUAUGUU